AUGGCAGGUCAAGAGAAAGAAGGUGGUAACUCGAACAUCAAGGACAAAGAAAUCGAGGAUAUCGACGUCUACCCGGAGACCUUUCCGGAUUUCAACCAGGCGAAAAUAGCUUCACCUGCCCAAGCGACGGAAGGAAGUCAUCCACGGGAAGCUACGACGAGUUCUGAGUACAGAGAGCCGACUGCGCAGGAGAUUGAAGCCGCCAUCCGUCGAGCGAAUAGCUAUCAGAACAAUCCGCUUACCAACACUGUCAGACGGAGCAGACCGACUGGCGACCGUGCUCGCAACCGCAGCGCAGCCGUAUCUUUCCAACUUCCGUCAGUUCCACCGGGCGCGACUCCCAUCAACCUCGGAGCGCAUCAUCCUACCAGUCCCCAGCAAGUACCUGUUGCAUCUGAACGUGCUACCCCAGCGUCCGUCCGCGGUCGUGGAAUUCCUGUCCCUGGUCGUUCAGGCUACAUCCCCACCCUCCCCCCUCUUAACAAUCCGCCGCGCCGACAACUCAGAGACCCCAACUCAGGCCGUCCCGUUGUAGUUGGAGGUUUCGAUAACCCGCUCGACGAGUACAACCAGCGAGUUCUGUGUCGCAAAGCCCACGACCAGCGGGCUCUCGAAUCAUUCUUGCAGAAUUCAUCACUCGAAAGCACCUGGAACUCACAGAACCCUCGUCCUCUACCAGAGCUCCCCCCUGCUAGCACUACCCAGCAGUCCACAGCAGCCGCACCCAACCGUGCUGCCCAGAAUACCCCUCUGCUCCCCGCUCAGAACAGUGCUCCACCACACCCUUCGCCUUUGCAGUCACACCCGGUCGCCUUGAACCAGCAGGAGCCUUUUCCAACGCCCUCACGUCGCCGUGCCCGGUCUGCAUCGUUCUCAACACCGUCGAACGCCUCUUCUCUCGCUUUCCCCGGCACGACUCAAAAUCAACCUCCCCCUGAGACCAUCCAGGAGGAGCCAUCGACCGAAGACGAGGAACUCGAUCGUUCUGAGGAGCCCGAUAUUCGCACCGCACAAAUUGGUCGCUUCAUUCAACAGUCCAACGAUUCAUCGCACGUUUCGCUUCGUGGCGGAAGUCUUGAUCUCGACGAUUUCCCAGAGGAUUUCGAUCCGAGCUACUACGAGUCUGACGAUAUCAACGACGACUUGGCAGUUUAUUACACCGAAUUCAAUCCAAACAUUUCCGAGGACUUCAACCCGUGCGACAUCGAGGCAACAUCUCAGGUGCACACCCAAAUACUCGGCAAAAUGGCGAGCCACAUUCCCCGACCCGGCCCUGCCAAACUCUCCCCCAAUGCGGGCUUAGACGAGUGGCUGGAGGAAGCCAAGCAGUGUCAUUACUUGCCCGAGCGCGCCAUGAAAGAGCUUUGCGAGCUUGUAAAGGAGGUGCUCAUGGAGGAAUCCAAUAUCCAGCCCGUGUGCACCCCGGUCACAAUUUGCGGUGACAUCCACGGUCAAUUCUACGAUCUGCUGGAGCUCUUCCGCGUUGCGGGCGGAAUGCCUGGCGAGUCUAAUGUGGAGGCCCCCAAGACUGCCACCACGGUCAUCAACCCCGAAGACAUUGAGCCCCCUACCGAGAUUACGAACCCGAAGCUCAAGAAGAAGGUCCGCAAUGCUGGCAGCCCUCCUGCUGAUGAAGACGAUGAGGACGACGCCGCGGCCGCUGAUACCAGCGCGACUUCCCGAGCCGACUCCGCCGUUGAGGUCUCCACCACAUCGCAGUCUGCCGACACCCGCUUCAUCUUUUUGGGCGACUUUGUCGAUCGUGGCUACUUCAGUCUGGAGACUUUCACUCUCCUCAUGUGCUUGAAGGCCAAGUACCCUGACAGAAUCGUUCUCGUUCGUGGCAACCAUGAGUCCCGUCAAAUCACCCAGGUGUACGGAUUCUACGAGGAGUGUCAGCAAAAGUAUGGCAACGCUUCCGUGUGGAAGGCGUGCUGCCAUGUCUUCGACUUCCUUGUCCUCGCUGCCAUCGUCGAUGGAGAACUUCUCUGCGUCCAUGGUGGUCUUAGUCCGGAGAUCCGCACCAUCGACCAGAUCCGCGUUGUUGCCCGUGCGCAGGAGAUCCCCCAUGAAGGCGCUUUCUGCGAUCUUGUUUGGUCCGACCCCGAAGACGUCGAGACUUGGGCUAUCAGCCCUCGCGGCGCCGGCUGGCUCUUUGGCGACAAGGUUGCAACCGAGUUUAACCACGUGAACGGGCUUAAGCUCAUCGCUAGAGCUCACCAGCUUGUCAACGAGGGCUACAAGUAUCACUUCCCGCAGAACUCUGUCGUCACCGUGUGGUCGGCUCCAAACUACUGCUACCGCUGCGGUAAUGUUGCGUCCAUCAUGACCGUCGACAAGGAUAUGAACCCCAAGUUCAGCAUUUUCUCGGCAGUCCCCGACGAACAGCGCCAUGUCCCUGCUAACCGCCGCGGACCGGGCGACUACUUCCUCUGA